UGUCUAUCACUUUCGCUUGGACAUUCAUCAACUACCAGUUUUGAGAGUAUUGGCUUCUACAGACAGCGUCAAGCUCAACUACUCAUGGCUGUAUACAUCUCUAUUACAUUGUCUGUAUCGGUGUAGAGUGGACCGUUUUACUUGAAUAAACGAGCUAUUUACUUGUUAAAUUGUUUGCUAGUAAAACUAGGGGAAAGAAUAAGUUAACUCCCAUCCUUCGUACUACCAUUAAUACAGGUGAAAGAUCGUUGUUCAUAUUUUCUUUGCUGCACUGAUUAACGUUGUAUAUCAAACUUUGGAUAUGCGUUAGACGUUAGCGUUCGUGUUAUGAGGUAUAUACUAUAAAAAAAAAGAUGAUGAACUUAUAGCCGAUAAAUUCGGAAAAGUAUUCAGAAGCUUUACUACCAUUUCUAUUACACAGAUUUUAAUUUCUGUCUGGUACUUAUAAUUUUUCUGUUUUAUAAUUCACAUUACUAGCAUCUGUGAUACUGUAAGAACAAGUUCAUUUAGUAAGACUUAUUUAAUCACUAUAUAGUGUUUAGAAUGGAACCUGGUGAUCAGUUGUGUAUACAAGGAACAGCUUAAACUUACUGCACGAGGCGAUAUUGAUUAUAUAUACAUUUAUUCUUGUGUAGAUGUUCGUUACAUUAGAUUGAUCUAAAGCCAACACUUGACAGAUUGAAACAUGACCACCAUCCGGGAUCACUUUUUGUUUUUAUCUUCCUCAACGACCACACCAGCUACACCCACUACAUCUCACAGCGUCUUCAGCCCUAAUGAGACGUCUAGCAAUGUGUCCAGUUACCCGGACCCACAGGAAUACUACAAGGACGCUCAAAUAGCAGUGCUUGUGAUUUUGUUCUGUCUCAUCGUCAUCGGUAACGUGAUUGUCCUGGCGGCUAUAGCUUUGUCCAGGGAGAGACGCCGCUCUAGGAUGAACUUCUUCAUUUUGCACCUGGCUGUGUGCGACCUAUUGACCGGCCCGAUGAUUGUGUUGGCCGAGCUCAUCUCGCGACUGACCACACGCUGGCAUGCCGGGGACGCUGUGUGUAAAAUUCACAAGUUUAGUGCGGUGGCUGUGAUGUACUCCUCUACGUACAUGCUGGUAGCUCUCAGUAUAGAUCGUCUGGAUGCUGUGGCCAGGCCUCUGCACUUCUCUGGAAAUUGGCUAAGAGCCAAGAUUCUAGUUCUAGCUGCUUGGAUAUUCUCUUGUUUAUUUGCUAUACCGGAGUUGAUUCUGUUCAAAGUUGACGAGAAUGUAGGUCCCUAUUGCAACAUAUUCCUUUCACAGAUGUGGUGGAAAGUGUAUGUUACACUGGUGGCGCUGUCUUUGUUCUUCAUCCCCGCCCUUAUCAUACUGACCUGUUACGUGGCCAUCGUCAUCCUCAUCUUCAACAGUUCCAGUCUGGUCAGUAACGUGUCGAAGAGGAGUAAAGACAGCGACACAGGCUUACUGAGAGAAAACAGUUCCCAACAAGACUCUAGAACCAGUUCUCAAAGUUCAAGGGGAGUAAUCCCGCAGGCUAAAAUUAGAACCAUCAAAAUGACGUUUAUUAUUAUACUUGUAUUCAUCGUCUGCUGGAGCCCAUAUUUCAUCAUCAACAUGUGCCAGGUUUUUCAGGUCAUACCUAAUACGCCAGUUUGGAUGAAAAUAAAUACGUUCGUCCAAAGUCUGGCUCCCCUGAACUCGGCAGCCAAUCCACUGAUCUACGGAGUCUUCAGCACUAGAAUAUGUCGCUAUAUAAGGAAACCAGUCGUGAAUAAAGUUCCCUCUUCCAUCAGAAAGUGUUGCUUUAACUCCAGCCAGGUGACGAAGAGCUCUACCCCUGAUUAUACAAGUAUCAGUGAAACGGAGGAGUUAAGACUGACAGGCGAUCUAAGGUCGACUAGCUCCACCAAUGGAAGCAUUCGCGUGCCGCUGGUGAAACAACAGCUAACAGAGUCGGACAGAGAACUCUUGUCCAUGCAUGUCAAGGGAGGCAAUAUAGCGGCAGACUCUGUAUAAUAGCCAUAGACAACGAAGAUCACGGUGACCUCCUUGGACAUAAAGGUUAAGGUUCACGAGAAACCUAAACACAAGAGGUUAAAGAUCACAGUACAACAAUCCCCCACCCCCACCUUCCCAUCUCCGGACUCAAGUUCACAUGUAUCAGGGCUGAACACCAAUAGCCGGGGGAAAAAAAGUGAAGAUUAAAACGUUCAGAAAGUGAUGACCAAGCCACGGCCCGCGGGUCGUACUCGGCCUUGCUAUCGGGCCUCUCGAAACUCCUGUCCAAAGUACAUACUGAAACGGCAGAGGUUCACUUCCGCAACUCUCUCGACGAUGUGUAGAAAUGAUGCGGAUCGUGACACGUGACAUGUCCAGGUCCCCCAGAUCUAAGAAAGGGCCACGUUCAAUGAAUGCUUUGUCUGUUGGUUAAAACAAGUGCCUGUUUGCUGGACCAGCUACAAAGGAGAUGAAUAUUUACUGUUUAUUAAAAAAAAAAAAAAAACAAGAACACCCUACAGCAGCGGUUCCCAAACUUUUUCUUUAACGAAACAUUUCACACUUCGGAAUAUUUAUUAGCGGAACACUUUGCUUUUUUUUUUUGUUUUUUUUUUUUUAGAGAGAUUAAUUCACGUGGUGGCCUACUAGUUAAUUAUUCCAGUAACUCGGAACACUAGGGUUCUGCGGAACACAGUUUGGGAAACACUGACCUACAGAAUACUAAACAGUGACGUGUGGAGGAAUACUUCUUGUUUCAAGGAACACUUUAUUCACAUGCAUGUGCUAUGUUAAACCUGACAUGAAGUGAACUAUUCCUUCUAAUUACUGCAUUGUAUUUCCGGUGUUGACAACAUUUAUGAUAAGGAGUAAUUUGUACCAAGCUUACAUCAAGUCACUCUGUCUGCCUCGUUGAUCACGUCAUUUCUCCCGCAACCAUUCUCAGAUCAACUUGGAACUUUACAAAAUUAUUUAGUGUACCUAACAGAAAAACAUAAAGCAAUUUAAAAAAAUAUUCAAUUAAUCAUUGACAAUUAUUUUUUCAUAUCGAAAAAAGGGAAACAUUCUACUUUUUUUUAGAGAUGUAGUUGCACAUGUAGGGUUCUUCCCUUUGAAUAACCUUGAUUUUCUAUUCCUACUAAUGUUCAAAUAAUAUAGUAAACUUAGCAUUCAUAUUUUGUUUGUCAAUGAAAAAAAAACACAUAACCAGUACGAGGAUCGAACCCACGACAUUCGGGUCAUUAGCACAACGCUCUGUCAGUUUAUCUUACCUCAGUAAUUGUUCAUUAAGUCGAUUGUUUAUUUGUUUUAAAAUUUUUACUUGCACCUCUUUCUCACUACCAAGUAAUACGUAUAUUCUAUAUAAUUCUAAGUGUCAUGUUAAAUUUAAUAAGUUGAAUAUAUGAAUAUAAAUUCGUGACAGCAAUUCAUCACUAGUUAUUUCUACAACGCAACGCUUCUUCUUAUCGGUAUUGAUUUUCGAUGAAAUUGUGUGAGUGUGUUUUUUUUUGCUUGUUGAUGUCCAGUGGCUGGUUAGUCAGUUCUUUGUGAAAGGCUAGGCAAGAGACUGGACCAUGUCCUCUCUGUAUGAGAUAACGCCGAGUGCACUUCACUUUUUAUUCCUUUUUUUGCAGCUACGCUCUUGCAGGAACAAAAGUGGGGGGGGGAUUGAAUUACACCCAUGUGGUUUUCAAUGUGGCUUUCUAUUAGUCUAAGCUGUACAAUGUGGUUUUCAAUCAGUUUAAACUGCGCAAUGUGGCUUUGUGUCAGUUUAAACUGCGCAGUUCGGCUUUAAAAAGUUUAAACUACGCAAUGUGGAUUUCAAUCAGUUCAAAGCAAUGUGCUUUCAAUCAGUUUAAACUGCGCAAUGUGGAUUUCAACCAGUUCAAAACAAUGUGACUUUCAAUUUGUCUAAACUGCGAAAUGUGGCUUUCAAAUCAGUCUUAUUUGCGCAAAAUGGCUUCCAAGAUGCGCUAAUUGUAAUGGAAUACUCAGUAACAGCGGCUGUUGUCAUUGUCUUGACACUUCAGCUUUAGUCACUACCUGGUCCGUUUGAUUACAACAAACUCUAUUUCAAUGCUAUUAAUUGUAUUUGUUUGUUUUCUUGAUAUCUAAAUACUUGUAUUAACAUUACUUUCUAUGUAAUGUGAUUAUGUAAUUAAUGUAAUUAUGUACACCUCACUUUGGCAUAAUUUCUUUCGCUUUGAUGAAACAAUGAUUUCACCUGGUAAUAAAG